AUGGAUUCCAGGUAUGAGAGCUGUGCAGCAGUGUUCUCCAACCUGGGGAGUCCAUUCUGGGAGGCAUCCCGUUUCCAGAGCCAUUACCACCCCUCCCAGGCACAGCCGUUGAGCCAGAGAGACCGAUCCACGGCUCUGAGCCCACCUCGUCUGCAACUGAGAAAUCGCCCCGACUCCUCCAAGGAGGAAUUAACUUCGAGCCCCCCGCUUCCCAGUUUCCUGCCUGACUCCAGCUGUCAGGGGCCCAAACCUCCCGACUCGGACUCCGUGAGCCCCUACAACGAGUCUUGGCCUUCGACCGAGCGCAGCUCGUCUUCCCUGACCCCAGAGGGAGCAAAGGCACUUCCCCCGGAACAAACGUCGGGAACCAAGGCACUGGCCUCUCCAAAGCUCCAGGGCUCUGUUGCUUCUUUUUCAGAUACCGAAUCAGUUAUUGCCAGGUAUAUCGAGCGGUUCCGUUACGGGCAGCCCGCUAACCGCAGGGAGCGCUGGGUGCCCGGCAGUCAUUCUGCUCCGUUUUGGUGGCUUGGCCGUACCUCUCCUUCUGAAGGUGACAUCUCCAAGACGGAGACAUCAUCAUCUUCAAGCGCCAGCAGGAAGCAUGCAGACACAGCUAGUGCCUUCAUCGGGACAGACUCUGGCCGGCGUGAAGGGGGGCCGUGUUCUUUCAGUCCCGAGAUGGACCAUUCUGCUUCAGGAGAAUCGCAAGACUCUUCCACACUGGAUCCCGACACAGUGAGCCUGCAAGAAAGAGCAGCCAGGCUCUUGCACAGAAGCAUGUCCCCUUCGAGCGGCUGCGGGCACAGGAGCUCCAAGGGACUCGGCUCCACCCCCACAUCUACCGUCUCAAACGCCGAUGCAGAUCUGAUGGGGCGGGCCUGGAAGCAGCCGGCGGGGCAUCAACUUAAAGCCAACCUUGGUGCUGUCUCUUGCCCCAUCGUCCAGAUGUCGCCAUCCUGUUCUUCUUUGAGGCCAGAGGACGACAUCUUGUUCCAGUGGCGCCUGCGCCGGAAGAUGGAGGACGCCAGCAAAGCCGUCGCAGUGCUGCCCUUUGUUGGCUGGAGGAGUCAAUGCACCGAGCCUACCUAUCCUGUCAGCAUGAUGGGCGGAGCAGCUCUGAAGUCACCGGAGCCCACCAGCUGGAGGAACCAAGGCAGAGAAGUAUUGCUGACAUCCGAGGCCCAGCCAGGAUGGACUCUAGAUGAGCGUCCCUGCUGCUGCGCAGACCGUGCGAGAACCGGACCAGCCUCCCAGCUGCCUGCGGAAGGCGCUUCGUUCGGUGAUCGGAAUGCGUCGCCUGGAAGUUCUGAGCCGAACAGAGAACGGGGAGCGAAGGAACCAAUCCCAAGAGAGGACCCUGCCCCUGCGUGUCGGGAUUUUCUUCCCCCGCCAAGGCCCGCAGGGGACCUGAGCCUGUCAGACCAUUCCCGAAGGACAGCCCCGCCUAUACAGAAGGUGCCCUCCGAACCAAGAGGAAAGCAGAAGCCAUUUAGGGUUGAGUAUGGCGGGCGAAAAGCAGCCAGAGACUCCGCAAAGCCGUCCGUCAGUCCCGGGAAACACGUUCAGCAUGUCUUGGGAGAGGUGGUCGCUGAAAGGCUCUUCUCCUCGCCUGAACCUCCAGCUCCCCAGAGGGCUAAAUUGAAGAGAAGCUCAAAGAAGCAGAGCCUGAAAGAGUCUCCGCCGGACACCGUUGCCACCCCAUCCUAUCCUGAGCUCCUGGGCAUGGCUGCUCAGCUCCUAGAGCAGGCUGAAGAGUCGGAUGGUGCAGAUUUCGAGGAGGAUCCGCUGCUGCAGGUGCUGAGGAGCCAAAGGGACCUAUUGCGCAGACAGCUGAGGGCAGUGGACACCCGGGUGGCUCAGCUAGAAGGCCACUGUUCCGAGCAGGAUCCCUCCCAUCCGUGA